AUACUAUGAUAUGUCGGCGUUUUAACGUCCAAUAUUCCUCGUCCUCUAGCUGUCCGUAUUCCAAUUUCCAAUUCGUCGCCCAUUCUUAUUUUGGUAUGGAACCGAUGAAUUUAACAGAAUAUUCAUAUUCGGAUUUUUGAAUUCUCUUAUGAUUGCCCGCCAAUUAAAACUGAAUACAUUGUAUUCAAGACCUAUUCAAGUGGUUAGAGUUGUAAACUACCUUCGCGCCUUUCACAAUGAAGGCGUCCUGUUCGACAGAAUUCCCCAACCAAGCUAUGGCUCUUCCGGCCACUCGAUGCUCGACCUUGUGCGCGCAAAUGACAAACCCAAGGUCCUUGAGAUUUUCAAGAUGCAGCUUCAAUGGGGUCUUUCUGAAAUCGGCGAGGUUGAAGUUGCACUUGCUCUCAAGGCUUGCCGGAACUACCCCAAUGUCGGGAUUCAAAUUCAUGGCUUUGCAGUGGCCACAGGGCUCAUUUCUCGUGUUUCGGUGUCGAAUUCAUUGAUGAAUAUGUACUGUAAAUCCGGCCAUUUUGAUCGGGCGUUUUGCAUUUUUAACAAGUUGGAAAACCCUGAUACUGUUUCUUAUAAUACAUUGCUUUCUGGGUUCCAAGAUGCGGAGGAAGCUCUCGAUUUUGCUUGCCACUGUCAUUCAAUGGGAGUUGUUUUCGAUGCAGUUAGUUGUACUGUCUGCUUGUCGCUUAGUGUUGGUACAGAGAACUUUUGUUUUGGAAUACAGCUCCAUGGUCUACUACUCAAGCUUGGCUUGGAAAGUGAAUUGUUUGUUGGGAAUGCACUCGUAACUCUGUAUUCAAAAUGGGGAAAGAUUAUGGAAGCUGAAAGAGCAUUUUGUCAAAUACCCAGCAAAGAUUUAGUCUCUUGGAAUGCCAUGAUCUCAGGAUAUGCUCAAGAAGGUACCUACGACUUUGAAGCAAUGUUAGGCUUCAUUCAAAUGGUGAGAGAAAGCAGGAAGCUUGAUCAUGUAUCGCUCGCCAGUGUUGUUUCAGCCUGUGGCCAUGAGAGAAACCUGGAGUUUGGUAGGCAGGUUCACUGUUUGAUUAUUAAGAGAGGACGUGAGAAAGAUGUUUCUGUUGGCAAUAAUUUGAUGUCGAUGUAUUGGAAGUGUGAUCUUGUAGAAGAGGCAAAGUUGGUGUUUGGGAGAAUGGGUGACAGAGACGUUGUCUCUUGUACAACAAUGAUUUCCAUUGAUGAAGAAGAUGCUGUGAAUAUAUUUAAGAAUAUGAGAAAAGAGGAAGUCUAUCCAAAUGAGGUAACAUUUGUAGGAUUGCUUCGAGCAAUAACAGUUAAAGUUAUGAAGCUUGAAGGCCUGAUGGUUCAUGCGUUGUGUAUCAAGAUGAAUUUUUUAUCUAAUGUGAAUGUUGCUAAUUGCUUUGUGACAAUGUAUGCUAAGUUUGAGUCAAUGAUGGACUCCUUGAAGAUUUUUGAGGAGCUCGAUGACCGAGAGACGGUGUCGUGGAAUGCUUUAAUAUCUGGUUAUGCUCAAAAUGGAAUGUAUCAUGAUGCUUUGGAGACGUUCUUAUCAGCCUCGUUGGAGGUUCAGCCUAAUGCAUAUACUUUUGGCAGUGUCUUGCAUGCAAUAGGCUCAUCUGAAUCUGUUUCCUUGCUUUAUGGCCAGGCUUGUCAUGCUUAUUUAUUGAAGCUUGGGUUGAACUUCAAUCCAAUGGUAUCAGGGGCUCUUCUGGAUAUGUAUGCAAAGCGUGGUAACAUUUGUGAAUCACUGAAAGUUUUUCAUGAACAUGGUGAGAAAAAUCAAGUUGCUUGGACGGCUAUAAUAUCUGCUUACUCAAGGCAUGGGGAUUAUGAAUCAGUGAUGAAUUUGUUCGAUGAAAUGAGGGAUAAAGGUGUGAAGCCAGAUUCGAUCACUUUCCUCUCUGUGUUGACCGCAUGCGGUAGAAAAGGGAUGGUCGACACAGGAUUCCAAAUAUUUAAUUCAAUGCUGAGAGACCACUCAAUUGAUCCAUCACCAGAGCAUUACUCUUGCAUGGUAGAUAUGUUGGGAAGGGCCGGAAGACUGAAGGAGGCUGAGAAGUUAAUGGAUCAAAUUCCAGGAGGGCCAGGAUUAUCUGUACUUUUUAGUUUGCUUGGAUCUUGCAGGGUUUACGGCAAUGUAGAUUUGGCCUCAAGGUUAACUGACACUUUAAUUGAAAUGGAGCCUAACAACUCGGGUUCUUACGUCCUGAUGUCAAACCUGUUUGCAGAAAAAGGUCUUUGGGAAAAAGCAGCAAAGAUGAGGAAAGGAAUGAGAAACAAAGGUGUGAAGAAAGAGAUAGGUUUCAGUUGGGUUGAUGCUGGUAGUGCUAAUGAUUCUUUAUACAUGCAUGGAUUCUCAGCAGGCGACAAAUCGCACCCUAAGUCUGAAGAAAUCUAUGAGAUGGCAGAAGGGCUUGGAUCAGAAAUGAUGUAUGUAGAGGAAGAGACAGAAACAGAAAUUCAUUGUUAUUAGGCAUUACUUCUUGCCAAUUUUUUGAGAGCAAUUCACUUUUUAACAAAUACUAGUUGAAUUGCUCGCAGUUAAUUCACGCCUACCCAUGAUUGUAUAAAACGCUUUGGUAGAAAAGUAUAAGUCAUUAAAUUUUUAAAUUUAGGGUAUAAAGUGGUGAAAAAGUUGUUGAACAAAGUGAUAUAUACUGGUGUCGUUGACAUCAAACAUUUUGGAGC